AAUCAGGAUCAGGCUAGCGUGACUUGACUUUACCCAUGAUUCACUUGGCGUGUUUUGGAAAAAAUUUCCAACAUGGCAGACGAUAGUUUGCAAACAGCUGAACAAGAAAUUCAGGAAUAUUUUGAUGCUGCGGUGGAUAUAGCACGGAAGGCAGGGCAUGUGGUGUUUGAAGCUUUUCACAAGGAAAAGAAUAUUGAUACAAAGUCAUGUGGAACAGAUUUGGUGACAGAAACAGACAAGUAUAUAGAGGAAUUGAUUAUCAGAACCCUAAGAGAAAAAUUCCCAUCUCACAGUUUUAUUGGUGAAGAGUCAGCAAGUGCUGGAAAGAAGAGCGUUUUCACAAACAAUCCCACAUGGAUAAUUGAUCCGAUUGAUGGUACAACAAACUUUGUUCACAGAUAUCCUAUGGUGGCUAUUUGUAUUGGUCUGGCAAUCAAUAAACAGAUGGAGGUUGGGAUAGUAUUCAAUCCAAUAAAAGACCAGAUGUUUACUGCAAGAAGAGGCACAGGGGCAUUUUGUAAUGGAAAGCAAAUUCAUUGUUCAAGUGUAACAGAUCUAAGCAAAGCUCUCGUUAUUACGGAACUGGGCUCCUCCAGGGAUCCUGAAAUCGUGAAUGUUGUCAUGUCAAAUCUCAGAAGGCUUGCAGAGAAACCUAUUGCAGUUCACAGCAUCAGACUUCAGGGAUCAGCUGCCCUUAACAUGUGCUCUGUAGCCAGUGGUGAGGCAGAGUUAUAUUAUGAAUGUGGAAUUCAUGUCUGGGAUAUUGCAGCAGCUGGAAUCAUUGUUGAAGAGGCUGGUGGAGUCACACUUGAUCCUUCAGGGAAGCCACUGGACUUAUUGGCACGUCGUAUAUUAGCUGCUGGAAAUAAGGAGCUUGCUGAUCAAGUCUCUCAAUAUCUAGAUUGCAUUGAUCUGCCCAGAGACUAACAGAAUUGUUUUUUAUUUUAGUACAACUUUGUUCUUUUGUAACUUAAUUGUCUAUAUUUCAUUAACUCUUGUAUAGAUCUUUAACUAAUAUUGUCAAAUCAUAUGAUUUUACACCCUCCAGCAGUUAUUUUUACAAUAACUGUAAGUUACAGUUUGUGCUUUUUAAUGAAAAAAUUCAGCUUA